AUGGGUGUCUCGGCUUGCGUUUGGCGCCGUGCACUUAUCGCUGUCAAUGCAGGGCUGGUGCUUGCCUGGGCUGAAGACGAUUGCCAGCCGAUAGAUGGUCCCGGCUUCGAACAAGGAGCUGGAAGAUGCCAAGCCAAGGGCGUGAGAACCAAAGGCCUUCCAGACGAGCCAGACAGCGAGGAGUUCCGCUUUCGAGCGGCAGUGGCAAAGAAUCCACAGAAGUCCGCCGCUUGGGUGCAGCUGGGCCAGGCACUUCUGGCACAAGCCCGGGCGUCGGAGGCUGAAAGCAGCUUCCGCAGUGCCCUGAGCCUGGUGCCCGGCGAGCCGGCAGCGCAUCUGGAUCUCGGCGCGCUUCUCUACGAGCGCGGUGCCAUGCAGGAAGCAGAGCACAGCUUCCGGGAAGUCCUGAAGGCACAUCCAAUGUUGGAAGAGGCGAGGCACAACCUCGCCGUCCUACUGCAGCGGAGGCUUCGAUACCACGAAGCUAUGGAGGUGUUGGAGCCGCUGAUUGCAGGCUCCGAAGAACGGGAUCCAGCAGAUGCCAGCGGUGAGCUGUACCGCGAGCUUCUGGACAAGACCGGCCGCUGGAGCGAGGCCGAAGUGCAGCUGCGCCUUGACGGCAGCACUGCAGGGGCUGCAGCUUUGGGUCAUUUUCUUCUUCGAAGACAGCGUCUUCAAGAAGCCGAGUCCAGUCUGAGGGCAGCGACAGGGCGCCGCGGCGCAGCGGCGGACCUUGGCACCACUCUCUGGAUGCUCGGGCGACAGGCUGAAGCACGUGCAAGCUGGGGCAGAGCCCUAGAAUUGCACUCGGAGCAGGGAUUGUCACCCGCGAGCUUUUUGGUGCCCGUGGUGGAGGGCGAGGAGGCCUAUCGCCGCUUCCGAGCCCAGGAGGCUGCAGCCUUCCGAGCGACGCUGGCUGCCGAGGCCCCGACCUUGGCCGCUUCUCUGUCUGCCGCACUGGCGGACCUUCGGCAGCUGGAGAACGACCCGGCGUGGCUUCUUCGCUGGGCUUCCGAGCGCACGGACGUUUGUGCUGGGUCCUGCCCCUACACGCGGUUGACUUUCGAUGAAUGGCAAGCCAUGGCUCAGCGCCCGGCCCUCCGUGCCGCGCGCGGCGGAGUGCUGCUGACGCUGGGCUCGGGUCUGGGCGAGGAUUGCAUCUUCGCACUGGCUUUCGGAUUUUCCCGCUGCCUGCUCUUCGACAUCCUGUGCGAGUCCAUGGUGGCAUCCGCCAAAGAAAUCGCGGAGCGCCACGGCUACGCUGAGCGCAUGGAGUACCGAUGCGCGGAUGUCAAGCGUCUUGAAAGCUUUGGCGAGGCGUCUCUUGUUCGAAUACCACAGGGGCCGGCCUGUGAUCUGGACUGUCGCCGCUCCUUGCACCGGAGGCUUUCCCUCGAGAUGGCACCCGGUGCUCUCUUGGCCUCAGCAUCGCUACCGCUGGCCGAUGGGCUGCAGGUCGUGGACAAGUUCGUUGUCAAGCAUCAGUACGAAGAGUAUCCCUCAGAGGUCUUCAUUUUGCAGAAGUCGGCAUGA